UCAGUAUACGAUCGAAAGUGAAAGUGAUCACACAUCCAUCCCAGUCGUCGUGCUUAGAACGUUCAGUGUAGUUGCUUGGGAAGAAUGUUGUCGGUUUUGUCACGCUGUGCGCCGCGGGGGAGGAGCGUUCCGGCGGUAUCUAUGCUGCAUCGCUAUGCUUCAACCGGAGGAGGGGAGCCGAGCAAAACGGCUCUGUACGAUUUUCAUCAAAGCCACGGGGGAAAGUUGGUCGAUUUUGCUGGCUAUUGGUUGCCAGUUCAGUACAACGAUCUGAGUAUUAUCAAGUCCCAUCUGUACACUCGGGAGUACGGGUCAAUAUUUGACGUGUCGCACAUGUUGCAGACUUACUUGAAAGGCAAAGACGUCAUCAGCUGCUUCGAAUCGGUUUGUACUGCUGAUAUCAAGGGACUGAAGAAUGGAACUGGAACGUUAACCGUGUUUACCAAUGGAAAGGGAGGAAUUUUGGAUGAUCUGAUUGUGAACAGAGUUGCCGAUGACACACUGUACGUGGUUUCCAAUGCAUCACGCAAGGAAACGGAUAUGGCCGUUAUGUCUGAUGCUGUGGCAUCCUUCCAAGCCAAAGGCAAAGACGUUUCAGUGGAAUUUCUCUCCAGUGACGACCAAUCACUGUUGGCACUUCAAGGCCCCAGUGCCGUUUCCGUGCUCCAGAAGCUUUGCACCAAAGACCUUUCGCGAUUGUACUUCAUGAACAGCACAACCGACAGCAUUGCCGGUGUGGAAAACUGCCGUAUCACCCGAUGUGGAUACACCGGUGAAGAUGGUGUAGAAAUUUCGAUCCCCUCUGCCGCAGCCUCCGACAUCGCAUCCGCGCUGUUGGAGCAGAAAGUAGGCAAUCUUAAACUGGCUGGUCUUGGCGCACGUGAUUCCCUCCGGCUGGAGGCCGGUCUCUGUUUGUACGGAAACGACAUCGACGAAUCAACGACUCCCAUCGAGGCCGGUCUGCUCUGGCUGGUGGCAAAACAGCGUCGUGCAGAGAACAACUUCCCCGGGUCGGACAAGAUCCUCAAUCAAAUUAAAAACGGAGUCACCCGACGCCGGGUUGGGUUCAAGAUGUCGGCCGGAUCGGCUCCUGCGCGGCAGCAUGUGGAAAUUUUCGACAACGAGCAUCACAAAAUCGGCGAGAUCACCAGCGGCUGUCCGAGUCCGUGCCUGCAGCAAAAUAUCGCCAUGGGAUACAUCCGGGAGGUGUCGAAAAAGGUGGGAACGGAAGUGACGCUCAAGAUUCGCGAUAAGUUCUACCACAGCCAGGUCGCCAAGAUGCCAUUCGUCGCGACACACUACUAUCAACCACCGAAAUAAAAUUGCUUGGAUUGUUUGUUCAUGUCUAACUGCAUGAUUUGGCGCGUGUA